AUCGACGUCGUCAUACGCAAUAUGGCGCGCUGUUCAUCGCUCGCCGUUGCACCGUGAGAAGAUAACCUCGAGCAACGCCAAUCCAGUUACUUCCAGUUACCUCUUGGCUCAUGAUUAUUGGCUGUCGUGCGGGAGCUGUCAAAAGAGUGUUCGUGAUGUCAUUUUCGGUGCCGCCUGGGAUACACGAAAAUUCCUUGGCAGCCGGAACGAGAUACGCAUUAAUGGAAUAUCUGGUAAAAUCGCAGAUUCCACGGCUCGGCUCUCGUGUUUAUUUAUGCGUCAUCGCCUGAAUAACAGGCGAUAAAUACUAGAUAUCGAUCCCAAAUAACGUUCUGUUUUUUUUUUAACCUUUAAAGGGACUGCGGAACGUACCCGGUGGAUAAUUCAACGUAGAGAACGUAAUCUCUUUCGAACAUUUUCAGUUUUUGGCCUGAAGUUCACAGAGUGCGUAUGGUCUGGUGUUGGAUUCUCCAAAGUUUUGAAAGCAUCCACACGGACCAGAUUACACGAUCGAUUAGAUCGAUUGAUUAGAUCAAUAUUAUAGAAAUAGCGUAGUGCUAUUAAUCUGCACAGCGAAACGUUUCUUAACUGCGAGUGUCAAUUGCGAAUUUAACAUAAGCACCAUGGAGUGGCUCUUUGGUAAACGUAUCACCCCUGAGGAAAUGCUCAGAAAGAAUCAAAGAGCACUGAACAAAGCAAUGCGAGAUUUGGACAGGGAAAAAAUGAGGAUGGAGCAGCAGGAGAAGAAAAUCAUAGCUGAUAUAAAGAAACUCGCGAAAGAAGGACAAAUGGACGCUGUGAAAAUUAUGGCCAAAGAUCUGGUUAGGACAAGGCGUUAUGUAAAGAAGUUCAUGUUGAUGAAAGCAAACAUUCAAGCAGUGUCAUUAAAAAUACAGACCCUGCGUUCCCAAAACACAAUGGCACAGGCUAUGAAAGGAGUGACGAAAGCAAUGCAAAAUAUGAACAAACAAUUAAACCUACCACAAAUACAGAAAAUAUUGCAAGAGUUUGAAAAGCAGUCAGAGAUAAUGGAUAUGAAGGAGGAAAUCAUGAACGAUGCAAUAGAUGAUGCAAUGGAAGAUGAGGGAGAUGAAGAAGAAAGUGAUGCUGUAGUUGCACAAGUGUUGGACGAGCUGGGUCUGCAGCUGACGGAUCAACUUUCUGGACUGCCGCAGGCGUCCGGAUCGCUAAGCGUAGCUGGCUCUAAACAACCAGUUGCCGCUGCAGCGGGAGGUAACGAGGAUGGGGGCAAUCUUGGAGAUGCUGACGCGGAUUUACAGGCCAGACUUGAAAAUCUGCGACGUGAAUAAAUAUAUUUAUUUGAUUAAAAAUAUUAAUUAUUAAUUAGAUAAUGUAUAAAAAAUGUAAAAAGAAUUGGCUUUGUAGCGAUAAAAGAACAAGUUUCGAAGGGGUUCGCGUUCCUGCCUCAAACGCUUGUAUACUUAAUGUAAAUGAAUUCAAAACGAAUUUUGUCCGCAUACAAUUUUCUUGAGCGAUCGAUCUUCAUAUUUUCUAUGCACGUUGAAUUUUAUAACUUCUUCUAUAUACAGAACAUUUUAUGUAAAUGCCAGUAAAUGCCUAAGUUCGUAAUAUAGAUAUAUACAAAAAAGAUGCUAUACUUAUAAUAAAAAUAUAUGACGAGGGAAAUAUUCCCUUUGCGUUAUGUGAUUAAUA